UGACAAUGCUGCACAAUCAUUUUCAAUCCGGGGGAAUAAAAAUGGAACAACGACCUGUGAACAACAACCGGCGCAAGAACGACCCUCCGAUAAUAGUACUAAAGCUGCGUCGGAUAGUUUUAGAACCGCUGCCGGAAAAAAUGAAAAUCCAUCCACUUUAACAGUUGCUGGGGCCCCGCACCAAAUGGAAGUAGACUCCGGGGCGAUGUUGGUGACCAUGGGCGGACAGAAAAAUAAAUCGGCGUUGUCAAGUGGACGGAACAAGGGCAGCGACAAAGAGAAAAAUAUGUUCUCAACAUCUACUUCCGAAAUUAAAUACGGAAAAAAUACAAGGGACGACAAGAAGCAUCAAGAAGCCCCUGGCCAUGACACUUUUCAACAAGAACCUGAUCACGCUGCCGGUGCUGUCACGCUCACGACAAAGUUGACAAUGAACAACCAAAACCUCCUCCCUAGUAGUGACCGCCUCCCCGCCGUCCAGCAGCAGCAGCAGCAGCAGAUUCCAGCACUAGGAGCAACAUCGUCAAACGAGCAGCAGCAGGAGGAUUUCUUUACGUCGGUGAUGCAAAGAUUGAAGAAACUUUCGAACCAACAACUGGAAGAGGAGCAACACGCGGAGAUUUUGAAACGCGAGCUCGCGGCGGAGGAAGGCAGAUGCGUGAUUUUGCGGCCGCUGCCCGUGCAGUGGUUUGUCGCGGA